GGCCACCGUAAAAAAUGUCUGACUUCUAAUAGUGCUGUAGCCUACUCCUUCUUCUACUUCUACUUCUCACCUCAAGUAUUGCUUUUUCCGAGCUCCGUAGAGAGCAUUUGAACGCUCCGCAACUCAGAGGCUCCAUGUUGGUCAGGUGACCCCGCGGCAGGAAGGCCAUUCUCGGCGUCCCCUUCGCUUUGGCUCCGAUGUCGGAGGUGUUUGUGCCUGGAAGAAAUGGACACUGGCAAUGCACGAAUUUGAUCAUUCAGAGGUCCGAUCAGUUGAGUCUGUGAAUGGCGCCAAAACAGGACCCUAAACCUAAAUUUACAGAAGGUUGGUAUUGUUAAAAACCCACGGCGGUAAACGUCUGGAAAGGGGGCGGGUUUGUUGUUGUUGAUACUGCUGCUCAGGCUUGACAAUAGUGGUCUCCAGGGAUGCAGAAAAAGCAUUUGAGGCAUUAUUUCUCUCCUUGUUUCAGUUUUUUACAUACCAAACACGGAUAUAGUAAAUUUUAUAACAUUAGGGCGGAUUUCGGGGUUGAAGUGGGACCUUAACGUCGAGCUAGCGGCUCAGCUGCUAACAGUAUGUUCAUGUAUGAAUAAAACCUGAAUGAGUAUCACAAAGACGUCCCUUAAACCACAUUAACUACACUAUUUCAGCCCAGUGGUGGCCUUGUCUCCUGAGAAUAUCCAGUAUGUUGGUGUUUUUGUGUAGCAGGGUGUGCUUUUGUCCUCUCAUUGGUGUUGUGUCUCUGCAGGUGAAAGAGUCCUGUGCUUUCAUGGGCCACUGCUCUAUGAGGCAAAGGUUUGUGUCAACAUGAAUGAGAAUUAUUUGUAAGUUAUUACCUAUAACAGAAAUGCGGACCGAUGCAGAUCAAUGUGUCUUUUUUCUCCCUCCAGUGUGUAAAGAUCAACAUUAAGGAUAAGCAGAUUAAAUACUUCAUUCAUUACAGCGGAUGGAACAAAAAGUGAGAACCUGCUUUCAGAUAGAAAGUACUUUUGAUUUCAUUGUGAUGAUGCUGAUUCAAGGCCUGAUAUACUGUCAUCUCUUUACAGCUGGGAUGAAUGGGUUCCCGAGAGCAGAGUUCUUAAAUAUGUGGACAGCAACCUUGCGAAACAAAAAGAGCUUCAAAAGGCCAAUCAGUGAGUUAUUAUUCUUCUGCACCGCAGGGAGAAAAAGCCUUUUUGGUGGGAAUUGUAUUCCUUCGUUUGCAAUAACCCGCAGAUCAUUAAUCUUUUCUAAUUUACCAUCUAAUGACGUUUACAGGAACCCAAGGGUGACAUAAUUUGUUCCUUGUAAAUUAUAUUUGACCUUUAAUUCAGUGUCAGUUGCUCUGUGAGUUGAGACAGCACCCCAGAUGAACAGAUUUUGUAUAAAGUAUUUAUUUAAUGUUCUUCUCUCAUUUUCUUCUACAGGGAUCAUUAUGUUGAGGGAAAGAUGAGGGGUUUAGCACCAAGUAAGAAGAUUGCUGCUGUGCAGCAAAAAAAUGUUGAUCUGUAAGUUGCUAUCACUCUUCUUUGUUAACACUUGUGAAUUUUUGAUGUAAUGUUAUUGUGUACCUGCAAUGUGACCCCUUACAACAGCUCUCCAAACAGGUUUAUCAGUGAGGUGAGUAAGAAUGGACAUCUGUGUUUUACUGUGGUCCAUAGUGUUAAAAGGUGAUUUUAAUAUUUUGCAACCCUGAUAUAUGGAACAGUAAAGUAAAGCUGAAUUUAAUACAUUUUUGUUUAACACAAUUGGGAACUUGAACUUUAGUGAUUCAGCUGUGGUUAAAUUGAAAUCCUCAGACUGUAUUCAACAGAAUCAGAGAGGCUUUUUGUACAAGCAGAACUUAUGGCAGAGCUUUUGAACUGGGACACAUUUUUUACUUUAUGAGUGGAGGACUGUAUUUUAUCAUCAAAAAAAGUGUGCAUUCAUGUACUAAAUGUUGAUUCUGCAUGUCACUUAUGUCUUUUUUUUGCAUCCUAGGAAAGUGAAAAAGGCAAAACAAAAGAGUAAGUAAUCUUUUUUAAGUGACGGAGUAGGACAUUAACAUUUAAACAACUGCAGAUCUUUAUCAUUUAAAGGGAAUACAAACUAUAUGUAUAAAUUGACUAUUGACUAUUGUAAAUGAUAGUCGAUGGUAUAUCUGGACUUGACAUUUUUAAGUCCUCAGGCUCAGUCCACCUUGAAAGUAUUAUUAUAAACUUGUUUUUUGUUUGUUAAUGAGUCCAGUAGCUUUGUUUAAGAGUCCAAUAUUUAUGUGGUUGGAAAGACUGCACAAAAGAGCCACUUCACAGACCUCUAAAAGGUCUUUAGCAUCACUUUGGAGUGUCUUACAGAUAAUGUAUUUUUCAGAUGAACCACUCGUCAUUACCAGCCUUUUAGAUAACAUGCUCACAAUCGGUAGUGUGGAGGCAGGCUGUACCUGUGAAAAUACUUACAAGUUCCUGGAAGUGGAAUAAAUGAAAUGAAGUAUUUCUGUGUGUAUUCACCGUAAACACAUCAAGCAGACGUUACCUCUUCAUCCAUUAUAUCAAAGUGCGCCAUCACAAUAAGGAACCUGUUAUUAACCUGUUUGGUCCAAAAAGAUUCACUGUGUUUUAUUUACACCACCAACCUUUAUUUUCAUGGAAUAAACAAGCUGUAAUGGGUUUUUUCUUUUAGCCCCAGGACCGGGGGAAGGUACCAGUAGUGGAGAAACGCCACAGGGGCCACGGAAGAAGAGGGCUCGGGUCGAUCCUACUGUGGAGAGUGUACGUAUCACCAGUGAUUGGUAAAAACAUGCCUACAUGUACAAAAUCAGCCUGGUCCAUUCAUUGCAUAUUACAUCCAUGCUGGUAAAAAUCCUUUAUUGGACUUAUUUAUAAUUAAAAAGCUGCGUUUUAGACACCUUUUUAAACCGCUGAGUUUUUGCGAAGUCAUAGUGACAACAAACUGCCUCUUGGACAAAAAAACAGAUGUUUUUGUAAAAGUGCUGAGAUAUCUUCCUUUUGUAUUUGGAAGAAUGGCGAGAAAAUAUUCAACAUGUUUGUAUAAAAGCACCAUUAAGAUGUUAGAUUAAAUGAGGAAUGUGAAAGACGGUGCUGUGAAAAUGAUUCUUUCAAUUCUUUCAGUAAGUUACUUAAGCAUGAAAUGUGGCUCCACAGUGGGCAGCUGCUGAGUGUCUCUCCCAGCAGAGACUUUUAAGAGUUUUAAACGGCAGAAAAUGUUGGCACCAUGCAGCCAGAAGUAGAAAUAAUUUUAUACUUUGCACAAACCUGGGGUGUGUAGAUAUAAGACAGUAACUCUCAUGUUAUCUAAAAACUUCAGUAUUUGAUUCAGCAAGUAAUUCAAAAGAUCAGAAAAAAUGUGCUUUGGAAUAUUUUUACAUUCAAGCAAAGUGCAUACUUUUGCUCUGAUGUGUGUUUAAACCUCUUUGAGCUUCUCUCUUCAGAAAUUGUCAAAAUGUUUGAAAAUACAGCAUUCCUGUGGGCAACAGAGAAAUGUGAACCUUAAACUUAAGAUUUAAAGGAGAUGUAUUUCAGUGUUGAAACAUUAAGAACAAUCAAAAAAAAGAGUUGAAAUAUGUUAUUAAUGUUUGUUCUAACAGGAGGAGAUGUUCACCAACCGUGUGGAGGUGAAAGUGAAGAUCCCCGAGGAGCUGAAACCCUGGCUGGUGGACGAUUGGGACCUUAUUACCAGACAGAAACAGGUGAGGGGGGAAAAACACAAACCAUCAGUGGUCAAAUGGUACGUUCUCUGGUUAUGUUUUCGAGCUAUGUUGACUUGUACAGGUUAGUGAGUUGGUGCCAUAAUCAGGAAUGGUGUGUGUGUCUUAAACAAAUCGUGUGCUUUCACUGUCACUUGCAGUUAUUUCAUCUGCCUGCUAAGAAGAAUGUAGAGACUGUCUUGGAGGACUAUGCAAAUUAUAAGAAAUCAAAAGGAAACUCUGACAACAAGUAAGGAUGAAAACCCCACAUUUUCUUCAAAGGAGAUCAGUCAGUGUCCUGUAGUUAUUUGUAAAGAACCAAAAGAAUCCACUUAUGUCUCCUGUCACUCUGUGAAAAUGCUCUUUUUCCCACCAGUGUCUUAAGUUUCCCUAAAUGGAGUAAGUAAUGGUUUGAAUCAGCAUUGUGCAUUUUACCCAGCAUGGUGUCGUUAAUGCACAUUAGUGCCCCAGAAAAGUCUUGGGUCAGGCUUAAGUAUUGAGAUGAUUAUUAUGAAUGUGUUGCCUAUGUUUCAGCAGUUUUAAAACACAUUAUGUAAACAGCUCCAUUUUACUCAGAAAAUCACUUUCAGUAUCAAAGCCGUGGUUUAUUUCUGCAGACAAGUGAAGAAAAUCAACUGGCAAGGUUUGAAUGUUUCUCAAAAUGAGAAAUAAUCAUUCCAAGUUUAAUCAAAGACUUUUUAUACGAUUCUAAACCAGAAAAAAUUAAAAGUAAAUCAGACUCCUGAUAUUCAUACCCUGAGAUCAGAAAUGCACAUUUUUGAAAGUUAGAGGGAUUAUUAUUCAUUGAUUUUUCCAGUGAGUGUUUUAUUUAAUAAAUAUAGACAGAGAAAUAUUAGGCUCAAUAAAAUAUAACCACAAAGUAUUUGUGGAUAUUGGCCCAGCUAUUAGAAAUAAGUAACAAAGAAAAGCAUAUACAAGCUAUAUAUUGAUAUUUAUAUCAUUAGUAUUUAUUAUUUAUAAAUGAUAGUCAUUAGAAUUUCAAUUACACACUACUCUGUCUUAGGUUUGAUAUGCUGUCAAAUGCAUUUUUAUUUGGAAAGGUAACAACAAUAUCAUCCCUCUGAUAGCUGAUGCUACUAUGACGCCGAUCAUGUCUCCUAGCCAUAAUAAAUGAAACAGUGUAUUGAUAUCCUAUUACAAAAAAAAGUUUACAAGUCUGUAAAACUUGUAGUUCUUUGCGUGUGCUCUGCGAGAGUCUUGACUAAGUUUAAUGUGUGACUUUCUUCCCCACUCAGGGAGUAUGCUGUGAAUGAGGUCGUGGCGGGGAUUCGUGAGUACUUCAAUGUCAUGCUGGGCACUCAGCUGCUUUACAAGUUCGAGAGACCACAGUAUGCUGAGAUCUUGGCAGAACACCCGGACUUGCCCAUGUCUCAGGUGUAUGGAGCUCCACACCUGCUGCGUUUAUUUGGUAGGUGAGCUGGGUACUCGGUGAAACACAGACUUGUAUUCAGAACAUCACACACUGCAACAGCUGAUCAGUAUGCAUGCAGCUCACAUACAUGAACAAAAUCAGCGCUGAGGGACUAAAUAGUUCAUUAAAUUGUCCCAAAUGGUGGAGUAUGUUGAUUUGAUAUGCUCUUUAGAACAUGGUCUCCAUGGAGAUACGGUGGCUGUAGGAAUAACUCAAAAGCUCCAGGGUUUUUGUUCUUGUAAAUGUCUUUGUCAGUGACAUGGGAAAAAGUCUGUGCAGAAACUUUAACACUGUGAUGUUUAAGACAGACAUCGCUGCCAUGAUUAUUAUAAAAAAAUCUGCAGAUAAAUCGAUCAGGAGGCAACUGAUAGCAGUCAGCAGUACUGACAUAUAUUAGGGACUGUCUUCCAUAUUGCUACUUUUAUGUCCAAUGCAAAAUCAAUCCUAUUUUCAAGAUGAAGCAGCAAAUGAACCCCGGAUGAAGCUUUACUGAAACGGCAUUAGACAUCACACACACCCAGUUUGAGAUAACACAGGAAAACAACGUCUUGUGUAAAUUAGCUUUCUCUCUCCUGUGUACAAUACAAACACAGUUAUAAUCAAGUAAUUAUGUCAUGUACUCAGAUAACAUUAAUUUAGAUUAGAUAUGAUAGACUUUAUUUAUCCUGGUUUACUCAAGGACAUUGAAAUGGGUUAAUAAAACUUAAGAUAAUUUAAAUAUUUACAUAUAAAAGGUAAUGUAUAAAGCCAUGUACAUCUGCACAUUACUAUUACUACUGCUACUACUAUUACGACUACUGCUCCUUCCCAUCUUCUGUCCUCCUGUUACCCUCCUCCUCCCCAGAGAGGAGUUGUUCAGUCUGCUGACAUGAGGGACAAAGGGGUUUUUCUGUCUGUUGGUCCUGCACUUGGGAAGGAGUGGUCUGUCACUGAACAGACUCCUCUGGUUGAUAGUGACGUUGUGCAGAGGGUGACUGGCAUCAUCCAUGAUGUCCAGUUCUUUGUCCAUCACCGUAGAGUCCAGUUUAAUGCCAACCACAGAGCUGGCUUGUCUGAUCAGUUUUUCCAGCCUGGAUGUGUCCCUCUUGAAUGUGCCCUUCCUUCCAGUCCAGCUUGCUGUCCAGCUACAGCCUGAGGUACUUGUUUGAGUCUACAGCCUCCACCUCGACUCCUUCGAUCAGGUCUUGACCUUGGUCUAGACCUCCUAAAGUCAAUGAGCAGCUCCUUAGUCUUCAAGGGGUUGGUGGUUCCUGUGGACAGCAGACAGCAAAAUCCCUCACCAGGCCCCUGUACUCCUCCUCUCUGUUGUCUUUAAUACAUCCAGCGUCGGCUGUGACAUCUGAGGUUCUUUUGGAUAAUAACCAUGUCCUCAAUAAUAAAUCUCUGAGUGAAUUAUUUUUGACAUUUGAUAAAAAAAAGAAAUUAACGCUAUGCACUGAGAUGACUCAUUUUUAUUUAAUUGCGCAUGUUAAUUGGUACAUGACUUAAAUACAGCACAUUAGUAAGGUGUGACAUUAACAGUGUGUCAAAGGGAUGAAUUACCCAUCACAGCUAAGCGUCUUAUUGUCCAUUUAUCAAAGAAUGAAGCUGGACUUGUUUUCAGCAUAAAGUGUGAAAAUCACCUUUUGUUGAAGUCUCAAGACUUUAAAAACUUUUGAUAGAAAAAAAAAGUCACUUCACAGCAGAGAUUGGGUUUUUGAUCAGCUGAGCUUGAGUCUGUUCCACAAAGCAAGCAUUUCAGUUUUAGAGGUAACUUCAGGGUAAACGCUGGGUACAAAAACGGGUCACUUCUCACCACUGUGGUAACCUGUGCUGAACACUUCACCAGCUCCUGAGCAGGUAAUGUUCAGUAUUAGAGACCACCCUGGAAAAAAGAAAAAAUUAAAACCCCAUCUUUUUUGCUGGUGUUUAGCCAAGCAGCCCAAAGAAACCAGUGUAUGGUGAACUUGCUUCACAGUAUUGGCCCCAGAUCACCUCCUCCUCUAUUAUCCUUACCCUAUAAUAAAAAAAGACUUAGUUUAAGUACACCCUGACUUUAACAGUUGCAUUUUUCCCAACUAUUUAAAACCUAAUAUUUUGUGUCAUGAAAGUGUUGGGUCUUGGAGACAGAAAUAACUCUAUUUGAAGGACAGAGUGCCAUUUCCCCCCUUUUUUCACUCUAUGUGUAGCUGUUCAAAAGUCAAUGUAAACUGUGAUGUUAAAAAAAAUGGUGAUGGAGGUGUUGGUUAAUUUCAUCAGUUGGUGUGCACCCUUUAUGCAGAGGUUACAGUUGUCGUUGCAGCGGUCAUGGGUUCGACUUUGCUGAAUUUUAUCCUCCUCUCUCCUCUCCCAGAUAUUCUCUAUCACUCUCUGGCUGUCCCGCUAAAUGAAGGCAAGAUAUCCCUAAACAAGUAACUUAAAGAAAGGAACAAUUUCUCCUGGUCUACAUAUGACAUAUAUGUCUACAUAUAUACACUUAUGAAAUGUUCUGCUGUCCUUUUUGAGAUGAAGAUUUAUAAUUGUUGCUUUGUUAAGGGACUUCAACCCUGAUCCCCAUGAAUAGUGAGCAGCAUAUGUUACCUUCAAGUCUUUGGAGGCGUUGCCCAGCAACUCUAGUACUUCAGCAGAGAGGUACUCAAGAAUAGCAGCACUUUAUACUGCUGCCAUAGUUUCCUACAUACCCAUGGUUCGUUGUACACGUCUUUAAGAGCCUGCAGAUAAGACCCUCCAGAAACUGCAACCUGGCACUCCUGAAGGAAGACACCGUUUAUGGCUGUGCUCCCUGCAUUUUUCUGGUUGUGGAAAUGAGUGGAAAGCAGCAAAUAUCAGCUUCUUUAUUUUACUUUAUGGGUGUCGUUGGAAUUUUCAAUGCGGAAAGAAAACUAAUGAAGAUAGAAGGAAGUGUACACUUACAAAUAUUGCAUAAUAAAUCAUGCAUUUAUGUAUCUAAUAUGAGCUUUGUUGUUUUAGGAACAUUAUGAACAGUGAACAUACCAGUUUAAACACAAAUAAAAGUUAAUAAAAGACACGUAACAGUAAAAGUUUUGGUGUGAAUCACAAUAUAAGGGGGGACAUGAGCUGCUUGGUGGAGGUCUGCGCUCUCCGAGUGCUUUUCUAGUUUACAAUGUGACUGCUAUUUGGAAGGGCUAGAGUUGCCCCCUGCUGACCAUUAAGAAUACAGGAUGUUAAGGGUACAUCUCAUACUCAGCCUUCUUCUUCCCCUUUAUUCCUUUCUGUCUCGUUGUUGUUCUUUAACAGUUCGUAUUGGAGCCAUGCUGGCCUACACUCCUCUAGACGAGAAGAGUCUGGCUCUGCUGCUGAGUUACCUCCAAGAUUUCCUCAAGUAAGUUGAACACCCGCCACACAACCGGGACUCUGUCAGGUUUGACAGAUUCUCAAAUGUCAUGUUGCAUUCACAUUCACAUCAGUGCAGCCAUGCUUAUACGGAAGCCUCAAAACAUGAACCACAAAAUCAAUUCUCUCUGAAACUCUUACAUUCUUUCAAGAAAGCCCGUACGCUCUGAAAUUACUCUGCUUACAGAGACAGUUUCUGCGUGUGUGUGUUUUUUUUAUAUGGAUUGAACUGGUUUCAUUCCUGUCAGAGCAACAGACUGGAAAACUGUUCAUUAGAGAAUUCAGUAAUUACACUGAUAAUAUUUAAAUCGUUUUCAAUUGGAUUUUUAGUAUAACAUAACCGAAGACACGGUUGCACGACUGUCACAUGUAACCUAACUACAAUUUAUAAUGUAAGCAUGAAAAAUGAAGUCCACCAAAUCAAAAGCCAUGAUAAAAAACACAAAGUUAAAAUUUUAUAGAAAUGAGAACGAAAAAAUUAAGUCCCAAGGUGGCGGUGAGUAGUCCAAUACAGUUUUUUCCCCCUCCCCCAUAUUAACUCAGACAUGUCAUAUAUGUGCACUGACAUCUGACACACCUUCAUUUUUCCCAGUCAUCAGCCGCAUGUUUUUUCUCUGACCAAUAUUGAUAGAACUAAGCAGAAAAUUACUCUUUGUGAGCUCAAUUUGACCAUCAUACUAGAAAAUCUGUAAUUAUCAGGCUGUAGUGGAAUCAAUUCACAUGUUCUUAUCAAAACAACUCGUUUUCUAGAGAGCUUGUUUGUCUAUCAGAGCAAAGACUCAUCUUUUGCAUUAUCAUUCAACAUUACCUAGAUACAGCAUUGUCAGCUCCUUUUACUGUGUUUUCUCUAUGAAAAAUACAAACAGUUACUGGUACUAAUUUUUCCUGCAGAGCUAUUAUUUUGUCACAUCUUGUGUUUAUUGUAUUUCUAACAGGACAGGACACCUGAUGGGACUCUCAAUUUGACAGGAUAAUAAUUUUCAAUUCUUUUGAGACCAGUUCUGUGUAUCUCUGUAGGAGGCAGUCAAUAUUUUGUCUUACUUUGAUAAUCCUGUCACUUUCUCUUCAGGUACCUGGUGAAGAAUUCAUCAACCCUCUUCAGUGCCACAGACUACGAGGUUGCGCCUCCAGAGUAUCACCGCAAGGCAGUGUGAGAGCUCCCAGCCCACAGCGUCAGCCCUCUUCUCCACAUGUAAACAACCAUUACUGCACUUGGAUGAGAUUUUUUCACUUGAACUGCUUGCUUCCUCCACAAAGGUCUCAGGAGCUUGUCACGAACAAGACAAAAAAAGGAGGGGGAAAACUUUUUUUUAGCUUUGUCUCCGCUCUCUCUUUCUUCUGUUCUUUGCACUUAAAGUGUUUUCUGUCAACAAGUUUCAACAAGCAGCUCUUUUGGUGUUUUUGUGCAUUCCAUCUGAUAGAUAUUUGUUACUGUUGCAUGUUUGUAUUUUGGACUGUUUCUUGCCACAUGUGGUGCAAUUUAAAGCUGGACUAUGUGGUUAACACUCAGCAGUUAAUGUUUUUUAUAUGUAACUUGUGUAUUUGUACCAAUUUGUUAAAGGAUGUUUCUACACAACCUUGACUUCUUCUGUGUUUUCAUGCUCGUGUGCCCAUUAUUUGCCAUAACUAUGUUUCCUGAAUUUGCAUUGAGGAUUGUAUAGAGGCUAAAAAUAGAAUGACAAAUAAAAGAGUGGCAGCCCGCUGAGGCACACCAAGGUUAGAUAUGGAGAUACUAGACAACAGGACAGGGAUUCAAUACAGGCAAAUACAGAGAGGAAAUUAAAACCUAUGUGCAAACAAAGGUUCUUAAAAAGAGGACUGAAACAACAACAGGUCACAAUAGCAAAAUUCAUAUCUCUAGUGAUGCAGAACAGUCCAGUAAAAUAUGACUUCUGUAGCAUGUUGAAGCUUCGUGGAGAAGCACAGACAGCUUCUCACAAGAUCACACUGAAAUGAUUCCUGGAAUGGGGACUUCAAAAUUCAGACUCAUUGCAAAAUAUAGCAGGCUUCAUGAAAUCCAAUGGUCUCAUCAUCUUUGGUCAUAAUUGACGAUGCAGUUUAAAGUCGUGAAUCAGUAAGUCCCAACGACGCAAGGUUGCUGGAAAGACAAGAUGGGCUGCUGCUACAGUAUCAUUACAUCCUAAUUAAUCAUACCAGUCAAAGCUAAUAGGUGUUGCUAAGUUACUUGUUAAAAUGUGUUUUAUUCUAUUAAAAUCUAUAAUUUUAUAUCAUGAUUUAGCCUUACAAAAUAAUUUUUGUGUAGUCAAAAUGAACACAGCUGCCUCUGACUUUGAGCAGUAAAGCGAUAGUGAUAAGCACACAUGAGCUUAGUGAUGGCUGGAACCCUCAUGGCAUCCCAGAUUUCUGAUUAGGUAUCGUAGCUACUUUUUUAUCCUUCAUCCCAGCCUUCAGACUGCAGCGAUAUCACCAUGGUAACACUGUUGCAAGGGGACAAUGACUACAAAAGAAAACUACAAAAGCCAUGAAGUGUAUAGUUAGAUUUAUUUUAAAUAGUAAAGAAACAUUUAUUGGUUAUUAGAAUUCAUUUUUGUUUGAUUGUGAUGUUUGAUGGAGAUUUGGCAUAAUUUCAUAGUUUCUAUUUUAAGAAAAGGUAAAUUAUUCAUAUUUGAAACCCAAUUCAAUGCAAUGCACCUGUUCUUUAAUUAUUGAAGUGUUAUUUCAGGAGAAGGAUCACAAGGGGGCGUCAUUUUCCCCUCCUUUAAUUUUUCUCCUAAAAGUCUUUUCUCAUUAAAAACUUGCUGUCCACCUUUA